GCUGCGGGCGUCUUUGUCCCGCGAGAUUUCAAGGUCUCAGACAGCUCCACGGUUCUUCCAUCAUGAUGGACCUCGCCGCUAAAGACUCGUACAUGCAGAGGUUUGCGAAGAAAGUGUUUUUUCAGCAAGAGCAGGAGCCGAAGAAGAGAGCGUUUGCUCCUUUCAAGGGUAAAAGCGAGACUGGUCCUCCAAAGAAGAAGAAGAGUUUUAAAGAUGUGAAGAAGCCUCAUCCCAAAUCCCCCAAAAAGCCCUCUCCUUCAGUGGCUGCUCAGAAAGGCCCCCCCGCCGCGAAACAGCCAAAAACUCAAAUAAACGGAUCAACAAAACCAGCGCCUAAAGGAGGAAAGGUACCGUCCAACUUCUCCACCGUCGAUGUUUUACGCAAGAGACUUCAUGAAAAAAUCGAGGAGUCCAGAGGACAGGGAACCCCGAAGAACGCACUCUCUGAGGCCGUGCUGGCAAAGCGAGCAAAACGAAAGAUAGAACGGGAGCGCAAGAAGAGGAAGAGGAAAGAGUUUAUCCUGAAGAAGAAACUGGCUGAAGAGAAUAGCCAAGAAGCGCCAGUGGAGAUCAAGAAAGAACCUGAGCCCGCCCCCGCUGCGAACAAAAGAGAUGUAACGGCCCUCGUCUUCAACAAGGUGGAGACGGUGGAGGAGGAGUACGUGGACAAAAUACAGAAGAAGAAGCAGAAGAAGCAGAGCGUGAAGGGCCAGAUAACUCCCCUGCUGGGGAAAAACUACAAGCAGCUGCUUGGCCGCGUCCAGGCUCAAAAAGCAAAAGUGAGCGAGCUGAGGGAAAAGGACGAGGACAAGGCCAAAGAAAUGGAGAACAAGAUCAAGUGGACCAACGUGCUCUACAAGGCCGAAGGACUCAAAAUUAAGGACGACGAGGACAUGCUGCGCUCCUCGCUAAAGAAGAAGGAGAAGAGGGGCGCCAGGAUAAAGAAGGACUGGGGCGAUCGAAGCGAGAACGUCGUGGGGAAGAUGCAGAAACGGCAGGACAAGAGACGGAAGAACAUCCAGAAACAGAAGAAGGCCAAAACAGAGAAGACGAAGGACAGAUUGAGGAAGAGAGGCAGGGUGCUGCCGGAGGACUUGAAAUGAGUGGCAGCGUGCUGUUUCAUCACGACAUAGGUUUAAAUAAGUACAUCUCUUUCUAUAGCCGUACGAUUUAUUGACAUGAUAUAAAAAUGUAUUCUUCCUUCAUUCCUGUAAAGGUAAUGUGAUGUGUGUUGUGGUCAAUAAAAUGUGAUCUUCACAAGAUGGACAUGAAUGAAAA